CAAUUGAGAUUCUCCCUUGGUAGUCUACGGGUCUGGAGUCCUGCAGUAGUAACAUAGUAGUCUACAUUAAUUUAUCAAUGUUGCGGAUACAACUUAAUUCAUGACUACCGAGGUGUCAGUGUUCUAUUUCGCCAAAAGUGCCGAGCUGACGGGACUCAAAUCGGAGACGAUCAGGGUCGCCUCAGAACUGACGACCGUCGAGCUGUGGCAAGUCCUCGUCAGCAGACACCCCAGACUAUCUGCUGUGCGCGAUUCAGUUGUUUUGGCUGUGCGACAGGAGUACCUGGCACUUGGGGACGUGCGUGUGAGCCUUAGGGACGGGGAUGAGGUUGCUGUCAUUCCGCCAUUGAGUGGAGGAUAAAUUAAACAUA